AUGGUUAUUGGGGGUCGCUUUUCUGAAAUCAUUGAUGAGAAUGAUUAUUUAGAUGAUGGAUUUAAAGAUGGACCUACAAAGUCAUAUUUGUCAGAUGAUUGGGGUUCUUACCUUUUACACAAGGGGCAGAAGUUUGAAAGUGUUCAGGAUUUUCGAGAUAAACUUAGGAAGUAUGCGGUUCAAACUGGUUUUUGUUAUGUGUUACCUAGGAAUGAUUCACUCUAUGUCAGAGCUGUUUGUGAAAAUCAUGGAACUGAAAAAUGUGGCUGGGAAGUAAUUGGAUCUGUGGCUCCUAUAAAUAAUUGUUUUUAUAUUAAGGAGUUUAAUAACAUACAUACUUGUAAAGGUGUGCUUAGGAAUCAAACUCAUCGGCAGUUAGUGUCCAAAAUAGUUAGGACAUGCAUUGAGUCCAAUGUGUUCCUUAACCUUGGUUUGAAGCCUGCUGAUAUUAUGAGUAAUUUCAAGUCUACUUAUGGUUUUGAAAUUAGUUAUAAGGUUGCUUCAAGAGCAAAGAAAAGGUGUUUAGAAAAGAUGUAUGGCUCUGAAUAUGAUUCCUUUUCGAUGUUAAGUUGGUAUAAGGAUGCUGUUUUGGAGACUAAUCCAGGGUCUUCCUUUGUCCUUGAAGUUGAGGAGAAUAGUAAUAGGUUCCAAAGGGUAUUUGUAGCUUAUGGAGGCCAAGUCGAGGGUUUCAAGUUCAAUCUCCCUGUUUUAUAUGUGGAUGGUACAUUUGGAAAGAGUAUUUACAAAGGUCAGAUUCUUUUUGCCACUGGAAGAAAUGGAGACAAAGGUUUCUUCCCUUUAGCCUUGUGUAUCUGUGACUCAGAGACUGAAGACAACUGGUUUUUUUUCUUCAAGCACCUGAAGGCUUUGCUGGAACCGCACGGAAGGGUAAUCACCUUUAUCAGUGAUCGUGGUGGUGGGUUGUUGAAGGCUUUUAAUCAAGUGUUUCCUGGUAAUCCUCAUCUCUUUUGUUUCCAUCAUUUGAGAUAUAAUCUUACUCAAAAGUACAGGAACAAAAGGAAUGCUGUUGUGCUUGCUCAAGCAUGCAAAAGUUUUAUAAGGUUGCUUAUGCAUCGACCGAGAGGGCUUAUUACCAUCACUUACAAGCUCUGA